GGAUGGGGAGGAUAAAGGAAGGGGAGCCUACACUUGCGCAGUAGCGCCUUCUGGGAGGCGCUGGAGCGACUUUUGGCAGCUGCUGGUAAGUGCCGGAUCCUUGUACCUCGUGUUUGCUACACUAGGGCAAGCGGCGGCGUCUAGGUUUAGAGAGCCCCGUGGAGGGAGAGACUGCGAUUGCAUCGGAAAGCAUCCACUGUUGCGGCGUGCAUUGCUUGGAUCAGGAAUGGCUGACGAUCUGGGAGACGAGUGGUGGAAAUCAGAAGGUGUGGGAGCCCACGGAGGCGGCGGCAGCGGCAGCGGCAGCAGCGCAGCUCCAUCAGAUGAUGAAGAAAAGGGAAAAGCCAGAAAUACACUAGAAAUGAUGCAGCAGGAUGUGCCUGCUUCACCCAAGAAAGACAUGCAGCCCAAAGAAUGUUUCCUGAUGAAGACAAAAGAAAAGAAAGAAGAGGCCACCAAGGCCAAGAGGAGACGAAAGAAGAAAAUAACUGACAUUCUUGCAAAAUCAGAACCAAAGCCUGGAGUCCCCGAAGAUCUACAGAAGCUGGUCACAGAGCAGUUGAGCAUCAAGCGUUCAGUGAUUGAAUUAGAAGAACUGAAACUGCCAGAUUCCUGUUUCCUCCCAGCCAAUGAUCUGUCUCAUAGCCUUUCUUCAUAUCUAAAACAAAUCUGCCCCAAGUGGUCCAAACUUCGAAAGAACCACAAGGAAAAGAAGUCACUGGUGAUGUUGAUCAUCUGUAGCUCUGCCCUCCGAGCCUUGGAACUCAUUAGAUCAAUGACAGCAUUCAAAGGAGACUGCAAAGUGCUGAAGUUGUUUGCGAAGCACAUAAAGAUUCAGGAGCAGGUAAAGUUGUUGGAGAAAAGUGUGGUACAUCUGGGUGUGGGAACACCUGGAAGGAUCAAAGCACUCAUUCAGCAAGAUGUCCUUAAUUUGAACUCCCUGAAGUAUCUGGUUUUUGAUUGGAACUGGAGAGACCAGAAGUUGAGGAGGCUGAUGGACAUUCCCGAGAUAAGAAAAGAAGUCCUUGAACUGCUGGAAAUGAGACUAAUAAGCCUGUGUAAAGCCGACUCUUUGAAGCUGGGGAUUUUCUAAAGUCCAAAUUCUAAUGAAGAAUUAACAUAAGGAUAGAAUUUGCAUGUUUUUAAUGUGGCCAUUCACUGCCAAAUGAAUCACACCUGCCCGAUGGAUGUUUGUCUUUUGGGAUGCUUUAGCAGGCCUAAAUCUUAUUGCCUUUUUUGCCAGCUUUCUUCUCCUUAUAAUAAAAUAGAAGUUUGUUUCAA